UUUUCUUUCUUUCUUUCUUCACAAGUUCGAUCCCACUUUUUUAUUUUUCCCUUUUUUUCCUUAAAAGAAAUCGGAGAGAAUAGUAUUAAAUUUAGAAGAGAACUUUCCCUCGUACAUAAAAGUAUCUGAGAAGAAAAAUGAAAAUGAAAAUGAAGGCAAAGCAGACAAUGAUUCAAUUUCUGUUCAUCGCUAUUUGCCUUUUCUCCCAUUCCUCCGCUCUCAAGAUCGGAGAGACUUGUUCCAAGGACAGUGAUUGCGACACCGGGUUGCGCUGCGAAACUUGCGCCGCCAACGGGAAUACCCGACCCAGAUGCACCCGAAUCCAACCAAUCAUCCCAACUUCUGAGGUGAAAAACUUGCCAUUUAACAAUUAUUCCUGGUUGACGACCCACAAUUCGUAUGCCAGAGCCGGUGCUAAGUCCGCCACCGGAUCUUACCUCGUCACUCCCAUGAAUCAAGAAGACACCGUUGCUUCUCAGCUCAAUAACGGAGUACGAGGGCUUAUGCUAGAUAUGUACGACUUCUUGAAUGAUAUUUGGUUAUGUCAUUCCACUGGUGGCAAAUGUUACAACUUCACAGCAUUUCAACCUGCCAUUAACGUGCUAAAAGAAAUCCAAACGUUCUUGGAAGCAAACCCGUCCGAGAUUGUCACCAUUUUUAUAGAGGACUACGUGACAUCUUCUCAGGGCUUGUCAAAGGUCUUUAAUUCCGCUGGCCUGAACAAAUAUCUCUUCCCGGUGUCUCGGAUGCCAAAGAAUGGGGGAGAUUGGCCGACGGUCGAUGACAUGGUUCAGAAGAACCAGAGGUUGGUGGCCUUCACCUCAAAAAAGAAUAAGGAAUCUGAAGGGUUCGCUCAUGAGUGGGACUAUGUGGUGGAAAACCAAUAUGGAAAUGGUGGGAUGAAUUCCAGUUCGUGUCCACACCGUGCCGAAUCCUCUCCUUUGAGCACAACAUCAAGAUCAUUGGUCCUGCAGAAUUACUUCCCCGACAACCCAAAUGCAACGAAAGUAUGUGCAGACAAUUCAGCUCCAUUGGAAAGCAUGACGAAGACUUGUUAUGAAGCAGCAGGCAACAGGUGGCCAAAUUUCAUUGCUGUUGAUUACUACCAGAAAAGCGACGGUGGGGGAGCCCCAGAAGCUGUUGAUCAAGCAAAUGGUCAUCUGACAUGUGGUUGCGACAACAUUGCCUAUUGCAAGGAAAAUGCAACAUAUGGUACGUGUGAUGUUCCGCCGAUUUCUCCCCCUCCACCAGCAGCCGAGGGCACUAGUACCACAUCUCCAUCAACGCCAUCUCUCGCUUCGCUUGAUAGCAGACCAGCUCAGUUGCAGUGGCUGUGUGGAUUAAUAUUGGCCUCGGCUCUCUCAUUUUGGUUGUAGAUUGCGACGCUUUUCCUGAUACCUUCUAUUUGUUUGAACCGCACGGAAAUAAUUUUUCUACAUAUAUUCUUAUGCUUGGUAAAUGCGCCACUUGUAUCAGAUACACGACAGUGCCACAUAUGGCUAGCUUGUCGUAUGCUUUGACUAAUAGAGAUAUCUCUAAUUUUGUUACUUCA